UAACUCGUAUUGUGGCGCGUAACGGCCGCGAGAAUUCUCUGAAAAUACAUCGAAUUAACGUAAUAUUUAAACAGGGAAAUAACUGUACUGCAUUUAAAUGCAUUACACAAAAGUACAUCAUGAGUAAUAGUUCCAUUGAAAAAGGAAUAAUUACUUAUAUUUACUUAGCAAACUUUGUAACAUACAAUGAAGUCGUUAUAAAACCUGGGAGAUAUUUAAAUGUAAUUAUUGGUCCCAAUGGCACUGGAAAAUCAACGAUUGUUUGUGCAAUUGUUCUUGGAUUGGGAGGUAAACUUUCUACCAUUGGACGUGCAACUCAAAUUGCAGACUAUGUAAAAGCAGGUUGUGAAGAAGCAACAAUUACAAUUCAUCUUAAGAAUGAUGGAAACAAAGAUAUCGUUAUUACUAGAAAAUUUAAUAUACAAGGAAAAUCAUCAUGGUUGCUCAAUCAAAAACAAUCAACCAUAAAAGAAAUACAAGAUUUAACAAAAACUUUUGAUAUUCAGAUAGAUAAUCUUUGUCAAUUUCUUCCACAAGACAAAGUGCAAGACUUUUCAAAAAUGAAUGCACAAGAAUUGUUAGAAAAUACAGAAAGAUCAGUUGGUGAUCCUAUGAUUAUUGAACAUCACAAACAGUUAAUACAGUACAGAUCAGAACAUAAAGACCUAGAGGUACAGAUAGCCCAGAAACAAAAAUUAUUAGCAUCGAAAACUCAGAUAUAUGAAGGCAUGAAAGAAAGUGUUAGUAGCAUAAAAGAAAGGAAAUUAAUUAAAAAGAAAAUUGUGAGAUUGAAACAGAAAAAGGCAUGGAUAUUGUAUGAUCACAAACGCAAAGAACUACUUCAACUAAAACAGGAAAAAGAAACAGCAGCAGCAGAAAUGACGUCUUUAGAAACUGAAAUGAAACCUACAUGCGAUUUAAUAGAAAAGACAAAAUCAGAAAUUAAAGUACUCCAGAAUUCUGUAACGGAUAAUAAUAAUAAAAUUAACAUGAAAGUUGCAAAACAUAAAAAGCUGUUAGAUGAUAUUUUGGAUUGUGAAAAUAAUAUCAGAGAUUGUGGAAACAAGUGCAAGCAGAGAAUUCAAAUUGAAGAAACCAGAAACCAUGAUAUUGAUGUUGCAAAGCUACAAAAAUACAAACUUGACAAUGAUUUGUCUCUCAUGUUGAAAGAUAUUGGAUCUGAGGAAACUUUAAAAAAACAACAGCAAGAAACAGUAUCCAAAAUAGAAGAGCAGAGGGGUAUUAUUAAUAUGUUAACAAGUAAAAACGUGGCAUUAAAACAAGAAGAGGAGCGCAUACAUUUCGAAAUUAGAGUUCAAGAAACGGAACGGCAAGUUCUUAAUAUCGAAGCUAAACGAUUAGAACUUUUGAGAAGAAGAAGUAUCGAUACCUAUAAAGCAGUGCACUGGUUAAGAGAAAACCAAGAUAAAUUCUCUGGAGUAGUGCACGAACCAAUACUACUUAACAUAAACGUAAAAAAUGCUUCAUACGCGAUGUAUUUGGAAAAUGUUAUCGCGUUUCGUGAUUUAAUUGCAUUCGUUUGUGAAAAUAAACAAGAUAUGAACAUAUUACUACACCAUUUAAGAGACAAGCAGAAACUACAAGUAAAUGCUGUACAUUCUGAUCCUACAAAAAGGGUUUCCAUGGUACCAACUAUUCCUUUGGAAAAUAUUAAAGCCUUUGGUUUUACUCAUUACUUAGUAUCACUGAUCGAAGCACCACCUACUAUCAUGAAAUAUUUAGUAAAUAUGUAUAAUUUAAACAAUAUACCAAUAGGAACUACUCUUGUUGAUAAUAAUAUGGAUCGUAUACCUUCUACUAUACGUUGUUAUUUUAGCAAAACAAACAAUUAUUCGGUCAGUACAUCAAAAUAUACAGGACAAAAAUCGAUUAGUAUGCAACAGGUAUUCAGUACAAGAAUGUUAUCUAUUGUCUUAGAUCAAUCAAAAUUAUUGAAGAUUGACGAGAAGAUAAAAUUAUUACGAGAAAGAAAAAGUAGCGUUUUCAAAAAUAUAGAACAAAUCGAAGAACAGAUAUGCGGACAAAAUAAAGAAUUAGACAAACAUAGGGCUAAUAAAAAUAAAGUUCAUCAAGAUCUUCAACAAAUACAACUUUUGAAAUCUAGAAUAUCUAUGGUUCAGCAAAAACUCAUAAAUUUAGAAAAUGAACGAACCAGUAUUGAACAAAUAAAAGAGUCUUAUACUAAUGAAAUAAAGGUGAUAUUGAAUAAACAAUUGGACGUUUAUGAAAAGUAUAAUGUUGAACUAGAAGAAUGUUCUAAAUAUAUUACAACUAACCAACAAGUCGAAUUGGCGUUAAAAUUGCAGAAUCGAUUCUUAAGAUUGAAAGUACAUGAGUCUCAAGAUUUAAGAGAGAAAUUUAAAGCAGCGGAAGAUACAAUAAAGCGACUUAACUCGGAAAUGCAAUCUAUGAAAAAUGAAGUGCAAAGAAUGUAUGCAGAUGCAUUAGAAACUACUAAUGGUAUUAGCCCAAAAGAGAAGGCGUUCGCGCCAAUAAACAAAGUUUUUAAUAAAUUACCACCAACUCUCGAAGACAUUAAUAAAGAAUUAAAUAUUGCACAAGCAAAAGUUUUUUGUAUGGGGCAUGAUACGGAUGGUGAAAAUAUAUUGCACGAAUAUGAGAAAGUGGAAACAGAAAUUCGUAAUUUGAAAGAUUUUGUUCAAAAGAAGAUACAGGAUGUAGAAACAACGACGCAGCAGAUGGAAGCAUUGCAGGAAGAAUGGUUAAAACCGUUGUUAAAUAUCAUUAAGAAAAUAAAUUCAAAUUUUAGUACAUACUUCGCAGCAAUGGGUUGUGCGGGUGAAGUUACAUUAGCGCAAGCAGAAAAUACUAUGGAUUUUGAUCAGUAUGGUAUAAAAAUCAGGGUAAAAUUUAGAGAUACCGAUCAAUUACAAGAACUAACAAGACAUCAUCAAAGUGGUGGAGAAAGAGCUGUAACCACCGCAAUUUACAUGAUUUCGCUUCAAGAAUUGUCAAGAGUACCUUUUCGAUGUGUGGAUGAAAUUAAUCAGGGAAUGGAUGCAGCGAACGAAAGACGCAUAUUUAAUUUACUUGUACAAAUGACAGGAAGACGAAACAGUUCUCAAUACUUCCUACUCACGCCAAAAUUGGUACCUGACCUAGAAUACUCAGAAACUGUAACAGUGCAUUGCGUAUUUAAUGGCCCAUUUAUGGUAAACCAUACGGAAUUUGACAUGAAUGAAUACUGUAAGCACCUUAUGGAAAGAAUGGGGAGAGAAAAUGUAGAUGACGAUUAACUGUUAAAGAUGUUUAUAUAUUUAAGUAUUACACAAUACCAAAAUGUGUACAACAGAGUUAGACAGUUACGUAAAACAUAAUUUAUAUAUUUUUGCAAAAUAUUUGAAAUGCAACUAAUUAUAUGGAAAUAUAUAUGUUGCCCAGUACCU